GAUGUGUACAAGAGACAGUGCUUUGAUGACUGGAAACCAAUUUCCCUUGACCCUGUGCUUCUGAGUGGUCUGCUGAGGAACGAUGGGAGGACAGCCCAGCAGAGGGAAAACCCAGCCAAGCCCAAGCUCAAGCCCCUCUGUCCAAGGCCCAGGCCCUGUGCCCACGCAAGCAGAGAGAAACAGGGCCACAGCUGUGGCCCUGAGCAGUUUCCCGGUAGGCGAGCACACAGAGCUGUCGCUGAGACUGGGGGAGCCGUUGACCAUCAUCUCUGAAGAUGGAGACUGGUCGACGGUGGUGUCAGAAGUUUCAGGCACAGAAUAUAACAUCCCCAGCAUCCACGUGGCCAAAAUCUCCCAUGGGUGGCUGUAUGAGGGCCUGAGCCGGGAGAAAGCUGAGGAACUGCUGUUACUGCCUGGAAACCCCGGAGGGGCCUUCCUCAUCCGGGAGAGCCAAACCAGGAGAGGCUUUUAUUCCCUGUCAGUCCGCCUCAGCCGCCCUGCAUCCUGGGACCGGAUCAGACACUACAGGAUUCAGCGCCUUGAUAAUGGCUGGCUGUACAUCUCACCACGCCUCACCUUCCCCUCACUCCAGGCCUUGGUGGACCAUUACUCUGAGUUGGCGGAUGACAUCUGCUGCCUACUCAGGGAGCCCUGUGCCCUGCGGAGGGCUGGCUCACUCCCUGGCAAGCCUAUACCCCCACCUGUGAUUGUGCAGAGGACACCACUCAAUUGGAAAGAGCUGGACAGUUCCCUCCUGUUCUCUGAAGCACCUGGCACAGGGGAGGCCUCCCUCCUCAGUGAGGGACUCCGGGACGCCCUCAGCUCCUACAUCAGCCUGACUGAUGACAGCUCCUUGGAUGAUGCCAGGGACCAAAGCAGAGACCAAAAGGGAAUCCAAGGCUGCGGCACCUAGACUCCCAGCUCAGCUCAGCUGGAGCAUUCAAGGCAAUCCAGGGUCCCACCUAUAUCCUCUCUCAGCCCUAAGAAGUCACUUAACCUUCUCCCAGUGCCAUGAACCCACCUGUAACCUCUAGUUCAAAUACAGACCAGCUGAAAAUAGGGACAGCGCUCCGAAGAGACUAAACCUCUGGGGUUUGACCCAGUCAGUACCUGAGUUUGGGAUUUCCAGUACCAUCUUCCACCCCUGCCUGUUGAGUCCCCUUCUAUACCUCCAUAGCCCCAUCCAUGAGGUAGAAACCACCACUAGCUUCAAGAAAAAAAAAAUCAUUUAAAGAGAAUUUACAUGUCUCACAAUACCAUACCUCAGAAGGUAGGAUUAUAGCCUAGAAGGGACAGGAAAGCAGAAGGGAUGGAUAUCUUACCCAGCAACAGAAUCCAGGAUGUCCAGCCCCUAUCUGGCCCCCAGAACAAAGAGGACCUCUGACAGUCCAAGUUGUCAAACAGCCUCAUCAAGCCUCUUCUCCAGAUAGUCCUAGCUCUGAGUUCUUUCGUUUUGUGGCUUAUCAUUUGAACCUGUCUAAGCUUUCCUGGCUACAAUGGCCUUGCCAUCUUGUGGCCAAAUGCAAAAUGGCACCUUCUGGGCCUAGCACACUGUAGUGAGGUCAGUCAUGUCUCUCAGUGCAGGACAGGGAUAUCAGAAGUCGGUAAGCCUCUCUCCACAAAGCUAAGGCCACAGCCUACACCAGCUCUAGCCCCUCACUUCCCUGCUGCCCAUUAAGGAAAAGAGGCCUGGCUGGAGCUGCUAUAGGAGCAGGGGGAAGAGGAAGGGGAAUGGGGAUGGAGGGCAGGGUUUGGAGGCAAGAUAUUAGGUGGGAAAGGCUUUAACAGGUAUCAUCAACAGAUUCUCAAUUAAAGAUUUGAUUUAUUCAAGUAUCUGAAAACAUUCUACAAUGGAAAUUGUUAUUAGAUGGUGCCUGUACUGUGCUAUGGACCACGCACAUACUGCCAUACUGUUUUCAGAAGACUUGAAAUGCCACUGAUAGUUUAAAAACUGUACACGUGAUGGAGAAGUGAGGAAGACAAUGUUUCAUCCGGAUCCAGAGGUGCAUCAAAUUGAACGACAGCUCCAGUCAGCAAACAGGUAUUUCAUGAUGAUAUCCAAGAAGAAAUGGUUGGUGAUGGACAAUUCAGAAAUGCUUCCCCAAAAGGUGGAUGGUUCUUUAAAAAGUUUCAGAUCACAACCCUUGCAGAAAACACUGAUGCCCGACACGCUGAUUCUUGGUCCAAGAAACAUGGGUCUUUCAGGUUCCACAUGGCUGGGGCACCCCUACAAUCAUGUUUCUGUGCUGUAACCAGGAGGGUCCUUUGGACCGGACAGAGAGCGGGUAGGAUCUGUAUACCAUCAGUCAUAGUGGAUGGCAGUGUAAAAAAUGAUCCAAAUGACCUAGAGAGGAGACAAGCAAUGUUUAUAAGUCAUCUGGGUCCACAUGGGCCCCUACUCCACAAAACCAAAAUGGCAAAGAAUGUGUUGUGUAUGGUGGGCUUCCCAGGGGCUAUCCAAUGCAAUCUGCCUGAAAGCCCACAUAAUCUCACUGAAAUCAAGCUGUCUCUAACAGAGCCCAGGACAACCCACCAGUGCUCCAAAAGGGACCGUGGACAAGCUUCUCUUUCAACUAAAGAGCAACUGGAGCACCAGAAGUGGAGUUACAGAUGUGGAAAUGAUACAGGUAAAGCAGACUAUACUGCCAGUGUUAGGAUCAGCAACAAAUGUGAAAAACAAACCACCAUCAUACCCUGUCAGCUUCCUAUCAAAUAAACAGAUUCUCAAAACUA